ACAAAUUUCGUGAGAGAAUGACAUCGGUGGUUCACUCCACCCUAACCUACUGGCUCGUGAACCACCCCAAAAUUUCCAACUUUACGUGGACCGAAGGUGAAACCUUUGGCUCCACCGUCUUCUUCGUCUCCGUUGUAGUCUCCGCUUACCUCUCCGCCACAUUCCUCCUCCGACAUGCCAUGGUUUCACUCCCCUCACUCGGUCCCCGUAUUCUCAAACCAAUCACAGCCGUCCACAGCCUCAUCCUUUGCCUUCUCUCCCUAAUAAUGGCUGUUGGUUGCACUCUCUCCAUAACCUCAGACCCAACCCCACGUUUCUUCCAUGCGAUCUGUUUCCCAGUUGACGUGAAACCCAAAGGACCGUUAUUCUUCUGGGCUCAAGUCUUCUACCUCUCGAAGAUCCUCGAGUUUGGAGACACACUCCUCAUCAUACUCGGCAAAUCAUUCAGGCGACUCUCGUUCCUUCACGUGUACCAUCAUGCGACUGUGCUGUUCAUGUGUUUCAUCUGGCUCCGAACCCGCCAGUCCAUGUUUCCCCUCGGAGUCCUGACGAAUUCGACGGUUCAUGUCAUUAUGUACGGUUACUACUUCCUGUGUGCCGUAGGAUGUAGGCCAAGGUGGAAGAGGCUGGUGACGGAUUUUCAGCUUGUGCAGUUUGUUUUCGGCUUCGGAACAUUAGCUUUCAUGCUUUCAGAGCAUUAUUUCGGGUCGGGUUGCUCCGGGAUUUGGGGGAUUUAUUUUACAGCUGCGUUUACAGCUUCGCUCAUGGCUCUCUUCUUCAACUUCCGUUCCAAGAACUAUGUGAAGAAGACAACCGACAUGAUCUAAUUGUCUUGAACUGUUUAGACUCUCGAUCUCUUCCUAUUUGUUGGUACUGGAAAAUGUUGGGAUAGGUGAAAUUGUUUUACUAUGAAUAAGAUGA